CAGCCGCGCACACCGGAGGAAGCAGCUGAUCCGGGCCGAACCUCCCCACACCAGACUCUCCACUUGUCCUUUUUUUAAAAACUUUAGGACUAAGCAAAUAUUUCCCUGAGGGACAUAUUUGUUGUACUGCUGAAGAAGAAGGCUCCAGCUGGUCUGAGCUGGGAGGACGCGCUGAUCUAACUUCUUUUUGAGACUUCUUCUUGAAUCAUGUCGGAUCAGACUCAGAGGUUCUGCGGGCUGACCUGGGAUCAGGUGCGGCGCUUGGACUCGAUCCUGGGGGAGGCUGUCCCCAUCCACGGCCGAGGAAACUUCCCCACUCUGUCCGUGCAGCCCCGCCAGAUAGUCCAGGUGGUGCAGGCGAGGCUGGAGGAGAGAGGAGUGUGUGUUAAGGACGUGAGGCUGAACGGUUCUGCUGCCAGCCACGUGCUCCAUCAGGACAACGGGCUGGGCUACAAGGACCUCGACCUGAUCUUUGGUGUGUCUCUAAAAGAUGACCAGGCCUUCCGUCUGGUGAAAGACGUGGUCCUGGACUGCCUGUUGGACUUCUUGCCUGCCGGAGUCUCUAAGGAGCGCAUCUCGGCGCUGACCCUCAAAGAGGCAUACGUUCAGAAACUGGUGAAAGUCUGUAACGACACAGACCGCUGGAGCCUCAUCUCGCUGUCUAACAACACUGGCAAGAACGUGGAGCUAAAGUUUGUGGACUCGCUAAGACGGCAGUUUGAAUUCAGCGUGGACUCCUUCCAGAUAUGUCUUGAUUCGCUGCUUUUAUUCGAUCGGUGCUCGGAGACUCCCAUGUCGGAGAGCUUUCACCCCACAGUGGUUGGGGAGAGCGUGUACGGAGACUUCCAGGAAGCUAUGGACCAUCUGCGUCGGAGGACCAUAGCCACGCGCAGCCCUGAAGAAAUCCGAGGUGGCGGCUUGUUGAAGUACUGCCACCUGCUGGUGCGCGGGUUCACGCCCGCCUCAGAAGCAGACAUGAAGCAGAUGCAGCGCUACAUGUGCUCGCGCUUCUUCAUUGACUUCCCCGACCUAGGCGAGCAGCAGAGGAAGCUGGAGGCUUACCUGCAGAACCACUUUGCUGGCAUGGAGCACAAACGGUAUGAAUGCUUGCUAACUCUGCACCAAGUGGUCAACGAGAGCACCGUGUGUUUGAUGGGCCACGAGCGGCGCCAGACGCUCAGCCUUAUCUCCAUGCUGGCGCUGAAGGUGCUGGCAGAACAGAACGCCAUCCCUACGGUGACGAACGUCACGUGCUACUACCAGCCGGCACCGUACGUGCAGGACAUCAACUUUAGUAAUUAUUACAUUGCACACGUGCAGCCGCCGCAUGUCAUGCAGUGCAGUAACUCAUAUCAGACAUGGCUGCCCUGCAGCUGAUCCAUGACUGCUCUGCUCUUUUGGAGGAGGUGAACUAAAAUCACAGAAGAAUGAAAUUUGCCAAAUUUGACUUGACCAAAACAAUCCUGUACUGCUGCGCAGCUGAUUAAACCGACGAAAACAAUGCGCUUCAUUUACCUCAGAAGUUAGAGCUGGAAUCUGGGAAUUAUGUCACACCCUGUUCGGUGUAAAGUCAGAAAACAAGUUCUAACGGCUGCGCCCAGUGGCCAGGCUUUUAUUAGAAACUCAAGCUGGUAAUGUAUUUCACCACUUUCAUGCACUCAAACACCAUAAGGCAGUGGUUCUCAGAUUUUUUGGGUUCAGGGGCACCUUACCAGGGAGAAAAAGUUUCAGGGACCCCCUCAUAACCCUCAUGUUUAUUAAAUAAUUUUCUUCAAUUUGUCUCUUUAAUGCAACGGAAAUAUUUGUGUAAAAUUAAUACUUAAAACCUGUUCUUUAAUCGUGUUAAUAAUGCAAUUCUUAUACUUUAAACAUGGGGUAUUUUUCAUUCAAAACACAAUUAAUUAAAUUUUUUAUUUCAACUUCCAAAAAUUACAGUUUUGAGAAAAUGAACGGUAUCAAAAACCACUUGAAAACUUUACAUAUUUACAUAAUGAAGAUAAAUGUUUUGCCACUUAUUCAAUUUAUUACAGAAAACUCUUUACACAAAACUGAACAGAAUCACAACAGCAGUAGUCGGACCAAGUAACAGGAUUUCAUUUGUAAGGGUUGAUACACAUCUGUAUGCUUGGGAAAAAAAAAAAAAAAAAAAAAAAAAA